AUGAAACUUGCUUCGCUUGCUGCCGUGUCGCUCGCUGUUGCCGGCGCCGUCGCUAAGUUGCAGCUGGGUGUGUUUAAUGGUAUCAAGUCCAUCACACCCAGCGAUAACAGAAGACCUGAACAACCCUCGUGGCACGCCACUGUGCUGUGGGAAAUUAAGCCUGCCAUGGGUGUCCAAGAAGGCGACACUUUCACUUUGCACAUGCCCUACGUGUAUAAGUUCACCAGUUCAAGCAACACUUUGCAAUUGACCGCGGGAGGUCAAGUCGUUGCCAACUGUAAUUUGUACUCAGGCGAAAACAUCGUGGGCUACUCUGAGGUGCAGUGUACUGCCACUGCUGCUGCCGCAAAUGCUGGGACUUUCACCGGUGACGUUACAUUCCCCUUCACCUUCAACGCCGGAUCCACCUCUGAUGAAGUUAACUUGGAAGCCGCUGGUGUCUGGAAAAGUGGUCAGAACACUGUCACAUGGUCAGAUGGCGAUAAAUCGUUCUCAACCACUGUAGACUUCAACCCCGGUGCUUCAAGCAUAAUUCAGGGCUCUCCUGAAAACGGAGUCUAUGGAUUAAGGAAGAUGGUCUCUCUCAACAUCAACCAGCACUACCUCAUGGGUCCACUGUGCCCAUAUGAUGGUCAGUACGGUAGACUCGAAAUCUCCAACCCUUCUCCAGGUGUGGGAUUUGACUGUUCAUCUCUUGCUGGUGCUAUCACGGACCAAGUCAACGAUUGGUAUUUUCCCAAGACUGCUGAGAAGAUUGGCGUCAACAUCGAUUCAUGUUCGUCGUAUCAAGCCACUGUAUCGUUCAGUAACUUACCUGCUGGAUUUAGACCUUACAUCAACAUCAAUGCUGCCAUCCCAAACGUUGCUUCCUUCAGAUCGCUGAACACAUACUCCUACAAUUUCGUGUGUGGUGGAAGAAGGCAGCUGGGCCAGCUGCUGAUAGCAUGGGUCAUGUACAACAAUGGAAACACUGGAUCUGGCGGUGAUUUCAAGCCUGUGGUUGUGACCACCGUCACCGAUCCAGACAUCACCACCACCGCUGUGGUCACAAGCACUGGUACUUCUACAAACACAAUCGUGGUCUCAGUCCCCAUCUCUGUGUCUACAGUGACCCACACGGGCACUGACUCCGUGGCAACUACCCAUACUACAACCAAAAGCGGCACCAGAAUCAUCUCCAUCGAUGUACCUACUCCAACCACUACCAUCACUUCCACUUGGACGGGAUCCACCACAGAAACCAUCACUGUGCCCGCUUCCUCCUCUGGUGGAACCAAUACCGUUGUCGUCGAGGUUCCUACUCCUACGACCACCGUCACCAGAACCUGGACUGGCACCGUCACUUCUACGGAAAUAAUCCCAGCCCCCUCUGGUGGUACCGCUACCGUGAUUGUUGAUGUUCCUACACCUGUUACUACUGUCACCAGAACAUGGACUGGAUCUGUGACAAGCACAGAGACUAUUCCAGCAAAGCCGGGAGGAACAGAGACCGUCGUCAUCGAUGUUCCUACCCCCUCCACCACUAUCUACUCGACCUGGACAGGUACUGAAACCACCACACGUACCAUUCCUGCGUCUUCUCCUGGAGGCACCGAUACCGUCUUCAUUGAAGUUCCAACCCCCGUAACCGUUAUCACCAAAACCUGGACAGGUUCUUACACAACCGUUGUCACUGAACCGUUCGUCUCUGGCACUCAGACGAUUGUUGUGGAAGUUCCUACUCCAACCACUACAAUCACGAGAACUUGGACGGGAACAACCUCUCAAACUGAAACUUUGCCUGCUCCUUCCGGCGGAACCCAAACGGUUGUCGUGGAUGUGCCUACCCCAUACACCACUAUCACCAAAACCUGGACUGGCAGCGUCUCCACCACAGAGACUCAGCCUGCUCCUUCUGGAGGUACAGGCACUGUAAUUGUAGAGGUGCCAACUCCUGUUACCACCAUCACCAGAACCUGGACUGGAACAACAACUCAGACAGAAACCAUUCCAGCUCCUUCGGGUGGUACAGAAACAAUUAUAGUUGAUGUUCCUACUCCAGUGACUACUGUCACAUCCACGUACACUGGCAGCAUCACCACCACAAGAACAAUCCCAGCUCCCUCAGGGGGUACUGAGACUGUGGUUGUAGAGGUUCCUACUCCAACCACCACAAUCUACUCCACUUGGACGGGUACUGUUACUUCCACUAGGACUGACCAUGCAACAACCUCUGGUGGAACUGACACUCUAGUCAUCGAGGUUCCCACUCCAGUUACUACUAUCACAAAAACCUGGACUGGAAGCAUCACCACGACAGAAACUAUACCUGCUCCUUCUGGAGGUACCGAGACAGUUAUCGUGGAAGUUCCAACCCCAGUCACUACAAUUACAAGAACGUGGACUGGCUCUGUUACUACUACUGAAACGUUGACUGCGCCAUCUGGAGGCACCGAAACGGUGAUUAUUGACGUUCCCACUCCAGUUACUACUAUCACCAGAACUUGGACGGGAACUACAACUCAGACUGAGACUCUACCAGCUCCAUCCGGCGGUACUGAAACAAUCAUAAUUGAUGUUCCUACUCCAGUGACCACUAUUACGAGAACCUGGACUGGUUCGGUUACAAGUACUGAAACCUUAACUGCACCUUCAGGGGGAACCGAGACUGUCAUUAUUGAUGUUCCAACUCCAGUUACCACUAUCACUAAAACCUGGACGGGCUCUGUCACGACUACUGAAACCAUUCCAGCUCCUUCCGGCGGAACUGAAACAGUCAUCAUUGAUGUCCCCACCCCAGUUACCACUUUUACCAGAACAUGGACGGGAACAUCCACUCAGACAGAAACCAUUCCAGCUCCUUCUGGAGGUACCGAAACUGUGAUUAUUGAUGUUCCUACUCCAGUGACCACAAUCACCAGAACAUGGACAGGCUCUACCACUACGACAGAGACUAUUCCUGCUGAAACUGGCGGAACUGAAACAGUGAUUAUCGACGUACCCACGCCAGUAACUACCGUUACGAAAACCUGGACUGGCAGCAUCACCACUACUGAGACGAUUCCAGCUCAGUCUGGCGGCACUGAAACUGUUGUUGUGGAAGUUCCUACUCCAACAACGACCAUAUGGUCCACCUGGACUGGAACAGAAACCGCCACUCGAACUGUUCCUGCUUCAACCUCUGGAGGUACCGAUACUGUUAUUGUUGAAGUGCCAACUCCUGUCACUGUGAUUACUAAAACCUGGACGGGCUCUUACACCACAGUUGUGACUGAACCAUUCGAGUCUGGAACUCAGACAAUUGUUGUUGAGGUGCCCACUCCAACUACCACUGUGACUUCUACCUGGACUGGAACUACCACUGCCGUCACAACUAUCCCUGCUACUUCUUCUGGUGGUACUGACACUGUUGUUGUUCAGGUCCCAACCCCAAUGACCACAAUUACCAAAACUUGGACGGGCACCGUUACCACCACCGAGACUCUUCCAACGGUAUCUGGCGAAACUGUCACUGUUGUUGUAGAUGUUCCUUCUCAGUACACAACCUUGACUUCCACAUGGACCGGCACUAGUACGAGAACCAUCACUGAACCACCAUCUGGCUCUGAUACUGUUGGUACAGUUGUCGUUGAGGUUCCUCCAACUUCAACAGCAUACACCACUUUGACUUCAACUUGGACAGGUAGCACGACCAGGAUCUUCACUGAGCCACCUGCUGGUUCUGACACUGUGGGAACAAUUGUUGUUGAAGUUCCUCAAACAUCUACCGAGUACAGUACAGUUACUUCCACAUGGACUGGUUCUGUGACUACUACUGUCACCCACCCUCCAACAGGCUCUGAUACCGUGGGAACGGUUGUUGUUGAAGUUCCUCAAACCUCCACAGAAUAUACUACCUUGACUUCCACCUGGACAGGCUCUGUCACUACUACAGUUACGUACCCACCUUCUGGAUCGGACACAGUCGGCACAGUGGUAGUUGAAAUUCCAAAGACGUCGACUGAUUUCACCACUUUGACAUCUACUUGGACUGGAACUACUACCAGAACGCUUACCAACCCACCUGCUGGCUCUGACUCUGUUGGAACUGUUGUUGUGGAAGUCCCAUCGACGUCAACUGACUACACCACCUUGACAUCGACUUGGACUGGUUCCUCCACCACAACUUUGACUAUCUCGCCAUCUGGCUCUGAUACUGUUGGUACAGUUGUCGUUGAAGUUCCAUCUACUUUCACAGACUUCACAACUUUGACUUCUACUUGGACUGGUUCGGUGACAACAACUUUGACUAUUCCACCCUCUGGCUCUGGUACUGUCGGUACUAUCGUUGUCGAAGUGCCAUCCACUUCUACCGAUUACACCACUUUGACUUCCACUUGGACUGGCUCCAUCACCAGAACGUUGACUAAGCCGCCUGCUGGUUCUGAUACUGUGGGAACUGUUGUAGUCGAGGUGCCAUCUACUACUGGUCCUAGAACUCCUUGGAACUGGAAUUCGACUUGGGUUCCACCAAGGACUCUGAGCUCCAGCUCCACCGCAAUUGAUGCUUCGACUACUCCAAACGUUGCAAUCAGCUCAAGUGAAACGACUGUUCCAGGUGCUAAUAGACCACCAACUUCGAAUAUUAUUUCGUUUAGUGGUCCAAACGGUCCAACUACUUCUCCAGACACCCUCAAUCCAACAACUUCACCUGAUGUUUCUGGUCCAACAACUACACCAUCCUCUACCUCCAGUCCUCCAAACGGCCCGGGCGCUCACACAAAUCCUGUUUCAAACAGCCCCGGCGUUGACACUUUCCCUACUCCAAACGGUCCAGAUGCUCACACAACUCCUGUUUCAAAUGUCCCAGGUGCUCACACAUCCCCUGUUCCAAACGGCCCAGGUGGUGACACUUUCACGAUUCCAAACGGCCCAAGCAUAGAGUCGAUUUCUUCUUCUACAACUUCCAUUGCCACAGCCUCAGAGUCGCCGUCUUCAACUCAAGGCGUUCCAGGAGGUCCAUUGGCUAUCCCUGGAUCCCCCGUUGGACCGUCUGGCGGCAACAGCGGUCCCUCUGUCACACCUCAACCAUCAGCACCAACUGGCGCUCCUGGCUCUAAAGACUCUUCGACCAGUGUGGGUGGCACAAGCUCUGAGGUUUGCUACAAGGGAAACUGUAUUACCGUGUCUAGCAGUCCUCUGGUUCCAACACAGUCACAGUCAGCAUCUAAUAGCCCUGUGAUUCAAACAUACCCUGAGUCCAACACUCCUGUUGUCUCUCUGUACGCUGGCCUGGCACCUGCUGUCAAGAUCUCUGGUGUUGUUGCUGUUGCGAUACCACUUUUCCACCUCAUGUUCUGA